CUCUCCUGUGUUGCCGGUCGGUCUAUGGAACCGUGAUCCAUUCUUUCUCAAUCACCUAAACCAACGUUUACACGUCUCUGAAAUUAGUGCUGCGGUAGCGCCUUCGAAGCUGUCACAUUGGAUACCGUCUGCCACCUGAAAUAACCCCCGGCAAGUGCUUCUUUCGUGGAGUUUCGUUUGAAUGUGCUUGCCCGCCAGCAAGGCCCGCAGGGCUUGGCGACACAGUAAGCCCAACGAGUAGUAGAUGUACAGGCACAGCCGGCGCUACUUGGCCUAAUGCCGACGAAGCAAGUCAUGUCGACAGUGACGGAGACCGUGACGCAGGAGCGGCCUGCCCCCAAGCAGCACAAGAUGGAGAUCGUAUGGCGCAAUGUGAUCCUAAUGGGAAGCCUGCACCUCAUCUCCAUCUACGGUUUCUACUUGAUUUUUUUCGCCGUACAGUGGAAGACCGUGCUCGCCGCCUAUGUCCUCUACACGGUGUCUGGCAUUGGAGUGACAGCUGGUUCCCACCGCCUGUGGUCUCACAAGUCAUACAAAGCUAAACUGCCCUACCGAAUCAUGGUGAUGAUUUUCCAGACCAUGGCAUUUCAGAAUGAUAUAUUUGACUGGGCUAGAGAUCAUAGGAUGCACCACAAGUACUCAGAGACAACUGCUGACCCACAUGAUGCGACACGAGGCUUCUUCUUCUCACAUGUUGGCUGGCUUCUUGUGCGCAAGCACCCAGAUGUACGUAACAAGGGCAAGAACAUCGACAUGAGUGAUCUGCUGGCUGACCCAGUUGUCCGCUUUCAAAGAAGGUACUACUUGCCCCUGAUGGUGUCCCUUUGCUUCAUCCUUCCGGCUGUGUUGCCAUGGUGGCUGUGGGGGGAGACUCUGUGGAACUCGUUUCUGGUCUGCUCUUUGACUCGCUACUGCUUCACACUCAACAUGACGUGGCUGGUGAACAGCGCCGCACACAUCUGGGGAAACAGACCAUAUGACCGGCACAUUAGCCCACGACAGAACCUGGUGACUAUUGUUGGGGCCCAUGGUGAAGGCUUCCAUAACUAUCAUCACACAUUUCCCUAUGACUACCGCACCAGCGAGCUGGGCUGCCGUAUCAACACAACCACGUGGUUCAUUGACUUUUUUGCCUGGCUUGGUCAGGUUUACGAUCGCAAAGCGGUGCCCACGAAUGUUGUGGAGCGGCGUAUGGAGCGUACUGGUGAUGGUUCCCGAGGCCUGACAGCAGGCACACGCAGCUGGUGACUGUGUGGCUGCGUCAACCACCUGUCUCUUCUGCCUCCUCUGUUCCUCUAUUAUGGGGGUGUGAUCUGACAAGUCAACCACCUCGGCCCUUUCUGUCAUUUGGGACUUGUUAUUUAUAGUUGAUGUCACACUGUGAAGUAAUGUCACUUGGUUUAUGCAGACUCGCUAUUUAUCAGGAAGUGUAGGUGAAUGCUUCCAUUGUUAGUGUGUUGGCAACCAUCUUCUUUUGGCUGUUCAUUGUCUCCUGCUGGACAUCGCCUCGUCAGACCCGGUGAUAUUUUGAUCAACACUGUAUCCUUGCAUGUGAAAGCACAACUAAGCUAGGUUGAGUGAAAUAAAACCCUCAUUAGAGUCUCCUGUGAGAUAGCUGUUCAGUGGUCUUUUAUUCCUAUUAUGCUCACUAGGCUUGAAUUUUGCAAGCUACCUUUAGAGUCUAUUGAAAGAGCUGUUGAGUGGUUUGCUUUAGUUUUCCUACUAUGCUGACUAAAUUUGAGUCCACAGAGGUUAGUUGCACAAGGCUGAAAAGAAAGGUUCCUGUCAAAGCCAUGAUGUAAACUGGUGCGAAACCUUUAUCAUAUGCCUCGCAUGUGUUGUAUGUUAACUUUACUGCUGUAGACGAUAGGCUGAACACACUCAAAAACAUGAAACAGAAACACAUGCCAACUGUGAGUCUAAAACAUAGACAUGGAUACAGUGAAAAAAGAAAUUUGUGUUCCCAUUUAAGUGAGCACUUAAUAGACACGUAAAACUCUGGGAACCAAAUUUCUGCUACACAAUUAUUUCUAACUAGACCUAAACUCCCAGGGUUUUGGUUAUUGCACAGUGGGCUGGUUCAAAAUUGUUCAUUGCAUUGGGGAUCAUUAGCUUCCUUUGUUUACACAGUGGCCAUCAUAUAUGAUAUAAUAAAAAAAGAGAUGUUUCCCCAUUCUGUGAUAGUUUUACCAUAUUGUUUGAGUUAAUGUUGUGUGCACUUUGACUAGCACAUGUUUGGCUUUGCUGUGGCUAGCAAGCAACAACUUGUUAGCAUCAUUUAAGGGAAGGCAUUACAGUAGUUGUUAAAUCAAGGUGUUCAACAAUGCCAGCUUACCCUAGUCGUGUACCUCAGUGCUGUAAUGAAAACUUAAGUACAACAAAGGGUGCAUUAUAGUUAUGAAGAAUGAAACAAGAAACCAUAACAAAACCAGUGGCAAGAGAACGGCAAGAAUGGCAUGUAAAUUGAAAAAGUUUAUAUCACGCAUUCAUCCAUGAAAUAAUUUAAGCUAUGUGACUGCAGCAUGAUUAUAUGUCCUGACACAGCAGUGAGUGUGCAAGCUCACGGCAAUGAAUGCACUGCAUUUACUUUUGGCACAAGAAAAUCGGCCACUAGCAGAACUAACCAAGCUUGUGAAGAAGAUUGAAGCACAAAUUGAGCAAGCAAUUGUCAUUGUGUGCAAAAAGUCUUGUAUAAAUGUUCCUCUUUUGAAA